AAGAGACGAGUCAAUUGGGAGAAGUUGGAGAAAGAGGCCGGCAAGCCACUGGGCGUGGGUAGGCGAGUGAGGGAGUUGACUUGGGGGAGAUUAUUGGCGAAUAGGGCAAUUAUCGGGCGUUGGCAAGAGGUGAGUUGAACCUUUUCCAAUUCAAAUUUAUGUUAUUACCGGGGAGCGUGGAAGGGGAAGUUGCAAUCAGAACUGGGGGCGAAUGAAGUUGUCAUGAGGAUUCUUAGCUUUGGUUCUUGUCCAUAUCUUGAAGGGAACAUGGAAAAGAAGACGAUUGAGUUAAUUGCAGAAACCGCCUCUUUCAAGGACGGGCUAUUUCUCCACGCUCCAAUAGGGAAAAAUCCAAGCUGACAAGGAAAUGGAAAAUAUUAUAGGCCCUCGCCAUCAUGGCUCAACCAUCAUAUAUUCCUCCUUCCAUUGCAGAACUCGCCCGUCUCGCAGACGAGAUAUGGUUUCUGGCCGGAGACAAAAGCGUGGACGCAAGCUGGUACACAAAGCGUGCAUCGCUAUCCGCUGUAUACUCCAGUACUGACGUCUUCAUGAGCCAAGAUACGUCACCCGACUUUGUCCGCACGCAGGAAUUCCUGGACCGACGCAUUGAAGACGCGCAGAACCUGGGAUCCUCGCUGGCAAAUCUCGGCCAGUGGGGCUUAUACACAGGCCAUUCAUUCGUAAAUGUUCUGAGAAGUAAAGGCGUGAGAAUAUAGAUUUCAUAUAUUUCUCCUUUUUCUUCUCCUCUGUCUCGUUUCUGAAUCUCUUUUUAAAGUCCCAUCUAUCUUUGAAAAAGAACGAAAAGCGUCCUUUGAUGUUACAUCUGGCCGGUGUCACCUGGAGUGUGAUACUAUGGAGUUUUUGAUAUAGUGUUUACAUUUACGAUGUAUUUAUAGUACCUUGUUGUAUUUUUUAUGCAUCGCCCUUCCAUCUCUUCUUUUGUAGUUAUACUCCGUGUAAUUAACCUCUUAGAAUAUAUAAUACAUUGUAUGUAUAUCCAUCCAACGGCUACAUUUAUAUC